AUGGGCUACCAAGUCGACCAACAGUACCGCACUUAUGGAAACCAGCUAAUGAGCCUGGUAAAGCGACCCAGAAAACCUGACAAGUCAACACGGAGACCAGUAGACCUCGCCAAUGUUAAGAGCAUACAUGGUGUGAGUAGUGAAGACGGCACCAUCGAUUCUUUUUGUCCGCUCACUCACACUAGCAUAUACAACGCCACAUCACAAGUACAGGAGGAACUGUACAGGCCGUCCACGCAUACACGUGGCCCGGAAGUAGAUGCCAUGGUACUUAUAAACACGUUAACAUUCUAUCCUGGAUACAUAGGAUACGUUGCGGGCAGUACGAAGAGCAAGAAAGCAGCUGGGGGGUACUCUGUCAGAUGA